AUGGGGCAUCCCCCGGAGUCUAGGCCUGCCGAGCAUCUUUCCAGGUCAUCAAAGUCCGACAAGUCAUCACAGAAGAAGCCCAGAUCCGCAAAACGGCUGAACAAGACGUCACGGCCAGCCCUCCGGCGCAACACCUCUUCCAAGAAACGGAUCGACCCACGGGUUCUCUCAACACCAAUCCCCACGCCAGACACACGCGACCACGACAGCACCAUGCCGAGCAACAACGGGACCGUCCCUCGCUACGAGUCUAGCCCCAGCGACAGCGUGCACACAACCAGCUCGUCGUCACACCAGUCCACCGGGUCCACAGCCUCCAGCGCCGGGCGAUCACACGACAACUGCCACUUUGCCGCCUCCCCUGAGCUGCAGAUGGUGGACAGCCUGCUUGCCAUGCUCACACAGAACGGCGCGCGGCGGCCGAAUGGCCAGUCUUCGCAGAGGUAG